AGAGCCCUAAACAGACAAGAUCAUCUGAUUUCUCACUUGGAUUGCAUGUAGCAAGUCAAAAAGGUUAUCUGUCUCAUCACAAGGCAUCUGUGAAUGUUGGUGACAAGUUUUGGAGUUCCGUACACAACUGCUUAUAUACCUUGUUACAUUCCGUCGUCCAAGAAAGAUUUGGUGACUGUUACCACGACUAUCCGUGGUGUGAACCCGCUCGAACUUGAAACAAACUAAAACAAUCGUGAGCUCAAAGUCUGAUGUUCAAAUCGCGAUAAGGUUUCUUCCGAACAACAUGGAGCUUCUGCAAGAUAUUCCUAUGCAUCGAUAUCGAGAAAUCGGGUGGUCCUUCCUCACUUCCACCUCAUUUCCUAUAUUCUGCGUCUACUUAUUGAUGGUGAAUCAGCUUGGAACCAUCAAGAGAGCCAUUCCAAUACCGUAUGAUUUGAGACAGCUUAUGGGCGUUUAUAAUCUGGUCAUCAGCGUGGUCAACGUGUACUGCUUUGUUGGGUUCAUGCAAUGCUUACUCGAAGCUCCCUCAUUGUACGAAAAGACACCCAAUGCCAAACUGAGCUUCAUCUUUUAUGUCUAUUGGAUCACAAAGGUUUGUGAGCUUCUGGAUACGGUGUUCAUGAUUCUUCGGCAUAGAUUCCGUCAGAUUUCGCCGCUUCACGUCUACCAUCACGCCUCCAUGCUGCUACUAUCUGAUUUGGGUUAUACCCGUUAUGCUUGGGCCGCUUUCGCUAUGCCUCUCAUGUUAAACGCACUGGUUCAUGUGUUUCUCUACCUCUACUAUGGUUUGACGGCCAUGGGAUGGCAGCCAUCCUGGAAACGCCGCCUCACCGAGCUCCAAAUCGUCCAGUUUGUCAUCGAUCUCGUCCAUGCCUCCAUUGGCGUGCUCUAUCACAACUUUUGCUACUGGAGUUUGGGCUAUGGACUAUCCAUGCUCUACUUAUUUACCGCCUUUUAUAUUCGCACUUACCUGAGAGCAGGCGAGAACCAGAAACGCCAAUAAUCAGUUAUGAUCAGAACUAAC